AUCGCCGAGGCCGGCGGCAUCCCGCUGCUCGUCGAGCUCCUGCGCGACGGGAGCGCGGAGGCCAUUGCGGACGCCGCGUGGGCGCUGCGCAACCUCGCGUGCAACGACGACAACCGGGUCCUGAUCGCCGAGGCCGGCGCCAUCCCGCUGCUCGUCGAUCUCCUGCGCGACGGGAGCGCGGACGCUAAAGAGGAGGCCGCGUGUGCGCUGUGCAACCUCUCGUGCAACGACGCCAUCCGGGUCCUGAUCGCCGAGGCCGGCGGCAUCCCGCCGCUCGUCCAGCUCGUCCGUGACGGGAGCGCGGACGCCAAAUUGGAGGCCGCGUGGGCGCUGCGCAACCUCGGCUGCGACAACGGCGACAACCAGGUCCUGAUCGCCGGCGCGGGCGGCAUCGCGCCGCUCGUCGAGCUCCUGCGCGACGGGAGCGCGGAGGCCAAAGCGGAGGCCGCGCGGGCGCUG